AUGGCAAAUUUAUUUAAUCUUGUACUGUCAUCCUCCGAUGAUGAUGAAGAACAAUUCCGAAGAAGAAGUAAAUUUAAACAACGUAUAAAUUACUUUGACGAAUUAGAUGAUAUAGAAUUUAAAAUGCGAUUUCGAUUAAACAAACAAUCAGUAUUAUUAAUAUUAGAAGAAAUAAGACAAGUUUUAGAAUUUGUUACUAACCGGAAUAAUGCCAUAUCUCCUAUGGAACAAUUGUUAUUAACACUUCGCAUGUAUGCUACUGGAUCAUUCCUUAUAACAAUGGGUGAUUUUUCUGAUUUUUAUAAUAUUGCUCGCUUUCCAAGGGUCAUUGGUUGUAUAGAUUGUACACAUGUACGUGUCCAAUCUUUUGGCGGGGAAAAUGCUGAACUAUUCCUCAACAGAAAAGAUUACUUUUCUUUAAAUGUUCAAACAGUAUGUAAUAGCAAUUUAGAGAUAACGAAUGUAGUUGCUCGUUGGCAAGGAUCAGUACAUGAUAGCACUAUUUUUAAUAAUAGUCGCUUGCGAGCAAACUUUGAAGAUGGAGCAUACGGUAAUGGUUUAUUAUUAGGAGACUCUGCUUAA